UUCCGGCGGCAGCCUUAGUCCCUCCCGGCACUAGGCACUUCCGUCUCAACCUCCAGGGAUGCCAGGCACUUCCUCUCAAACAAUCUCUUCCCCAGGCCUCGACAGCCCAAUGGCCCGAGCCGAGUUGCGCGCGGCUCUCGAGCAGCGGCUGGACGCCCUCGGCAUCCGCACGGAGGUCGUGGAGCAUCCGGAGGUGUUUACAGUUGAAGAAAUGAUGCCUCACAUCCAGCAUUUGAAAGGAGCACAUAGUAAGAACUUAUUUCUUAAAGACAAAAAGAAAAAAGGCUAUUGGCUGGUGACAGUUCUUCAUGACAGACAAAUUAAUUUAAAUGAUCUUGCCAAGCAGUUAGGUGUUGGGAGUGGAAAUCUGCGGUUUGCUGAUGAAACGGCCAUGCUAGAAAAACUACAAGUUGGCCAAGGCUGUGCCACACCCUUGGCACUAUUUUGUGAUCAUGGAGAUGUGAAAUUUGUUCUGGAUUCUGCUUUUUUGGAAGGCGGACAUGAGAAGGUGUACUUUCAUCCAAUGACCAAUGCUGCAACCAUGGGAUUGAGCCCUGAAGACUUUCUUACAUUUGUGAAGAAGACAGGACAUGAUCCCGUAGUACUAAAUUUUGAUAAAAACAACUAAUCGGGCUAAUGUUUAGAAUACAUUUCUGAAAGUUGUGUUUCUUAUGUGUAAUUUGUAAAAAGGAUUAAUAGUAAGAACAUUUAGCACCUUGGUUUGGUGACUAAAGUCAUUUUAGGAGGGAUAUUUUAUCUUAAAGCUGUUUUUAAAAAGA